CGAGGAGGCUCCUGGCCUGAGCCUGUGGAGGUCAUUACAUGGUGCAGCCAUGUUCCCGGGUCACUGCAUGUGUCAUACAUGUCAGCGAGGCUAGCACCAGAUGAUCAUCGUCACCACAGCCAGAGCUGUCGCCUGUAACCCGUCCUGACAGAAUGACCUCUGCACGGCUCCUGUCUCCUAAUCCUCCAUCCAAAGCUUGAAAGGGGUUAACCCUGUCGGUCAGAGUUUACAAUGCCCUGACAAGGAAGUGAUUCGCAGAGUCUCUUGACACUUGGAAGCCGACUCUUUCCUCCUCCUGCCGCUGAGUCUGCGAGAACACAAGACGUUGCCGAUCCACCACCCGGCUCACGACAAGGCGUCGGGAAGCGAUUUGGAUAUUUGCAGCCCAAGGUUUACCAUUUGUAUCCCGGCCAGCGGUGCCCGCAGCGACGAGAGCCGCUCUCCAGCCAGGAGGGGGUUAAUCUCUGGGCAGCUGUUGCUGCUUCCUCCUUGGACCAAUUCACAGAAAGCAGCCUGCCGCAUCCAGACAUAAGAAGAGAAAUGGAGAAAAGGGGGAGGGCAGGGUGAAGGAGGAAAAACGAGAACUACCCCUCCUCGUAUUCCCCUGACAAUACCAGCAUUGGAUGACAUCACAUGGAGGGGGAGUGAUUUGUGGGCACUGUGGACUUUAUGUGUGAACAUACAUCACUUCCUAGUGUUAUAGAAGGGGGCACCCUGGCCGCUCAGCCUGCCUCUGCCUUCACAGCCCCUCUGGAUGUCGCACACCGCUGCCUCCAUCGUAUGACCUGCGCCAAUACAUGGCUUUCCUACCCAACAAUGGACUGCACCAUCCUCCAGCCAGGAGAGUGUAUUCAAGGAUGGAGGCCUCCUGUCUGGAGCUAGCACUCGAGGGGGAACGACUUUGCAAAGCGGGUGAUUUCAAAGCUGGCACUGCUUUCUUCGAAGCUGCUGUUCAGGUUGGAACCGAGGAUCUGAAGACGCUUAGUGCCAUCUACAGUCAGCUGGGCAAUGCCUACUUCUAUCUGAAGGAAUACUCCAAGGCUCUUGAGUAUCACAAGCAUGAUCUAACACUUGCCAGGUCCAUCGGAGAUCGCAUUGGAGAGGCAAAAGCCAGCGGAAAUCUUGGGAACACACUAAAGAUCCUCGGUCAGUAUGAUGAAGCCAUUGCUUGCUGUCAGAGGCAUCUGGACAUUUCUCGAGAGCAAGGAGACAAGGUGGGUGAAGCUCGAGCGUUGUACAAUGCCGGGAACGUUUACCAUGCUAAAGGAAAGCAGUUGUCGUGGAACAUGCCUCAGAUCCCAGGAGACCUGUCCGAAGAGGUCAAGGAGACCUUGUUAAAGGCCACUGAUUAUUAUGAGAGAAAUUUAGCUCUGGUAAAAGAGCUCGGUGACCGGGCCGCUCAGGGCCGAGCGUACGGAAAUCUUGGUAACACGCACUACCUCUUAGGCAACUUCAACGAGGCCAUCGCUUUUCAUAAAGAGAGAUUGUCCAUUGCUAAGGAGUUUGGAGAUAAAGCUGCUGAGCGAAGAGCAUACAGCAACCUGGGCAACGCUCAUAUAUUCCUCGGCAAGUUUGAUGCUUCAGCAGAGUAUUACAAAAAAACCCUGCAGCUCUCCAGACAGCUGAAGGAUCAGGCGGUGGAGGCCCAGGCUUGUUACAGUCUGGGUAACACUUACACAUUACUCCAGGACUAUGAACGAGCUAUAGAAUACCAUCUCAAGCAUCUGUCCAUCGCCCAGGAAUUGGGCGACAGGGUCGGAGAAGGGAGGGCUUCCUGGAGUCUGGGAAAUGCCUAUGUUUCUUUAGGGAACCACGAGGAGGCGCUGCGCUAUGCAAGGAAGCAUAUGGAAAUCUCAUGUGAGAUCGGUGACCGAAAUGGAGAGCUGACGGCUCGCAUGAAUGUAACACAACUGCGGUCCGCACUUGGCAUCAGUUCCAGCGUAGAUGAUGGAGACGCUUCGCGAUGUGAAGGUUAUGAAGCACAAGGUGCCAAACCUAAAAGGCUGCAUCGGUCUAGUAUGGACAGCUUAGACCUAAUAAAGUUCCCAUCUGAAAAGACCCAAAACGGCGACAAUCACCACACUCCAGGUGUAAAAAAGGACUUCUCUGCAAAACCCGCCAGGAGUAAAAAAUACAAAGAAAACCAGUAUUCUGCAGACUCGAGAACGCAGGAGGCCACCUCGGUGGAUGCGAUGGAUGUUAGAGUCCAAAUGCCUCAUCUGAAAAUCAAUCGGGCUCCUUCUGAUGAAGAAUGCUUCUUUGACCUCUUAAGUAAAUUUCAGAGUAACCGGAUGGAUGAUCAAAGAUGUACGUUAGAGGACAGCCAGAGCGGAGGUCCGGAGCCCACAGCGACACCUGUGCCCCCCCUGGACGACCGGAUAUCUUCUUCAUCGUUAAUGGCCUCGCCUCAGACAGAAGAGUUUUUUGACCUGAUAGCCAGUUCUCAGAGCAGACGGCUGGACGACCAGAGGGCAAACGUUGGGAACCUUCCUGGUCUACGACUAACGCACAAUAACAUGGGACAUCUGAGAGUAGAAGGCGACCAACAGGAGCCGGGGGACGAGUUCUUCAACAUGCUGAUGAAAUGCCAGUCUUCACGGAUAGACGACCAAAGAUGCGCCCCGCCAGACCCCAUGCCCAGAGGCCCCACGAUGCCAGACGAAGACUUCUUCAGCCUCAUUCAGAGAGUACAGGCCAAGAGGAUGGACGAACAGCGAGUAGAUAUCCCGUCCAGCCAGGAAGAAGGCGACCAUCAAAGUAAUCAACGGAGGCCAAACAACAGCUAAAGUGUUAGCUCUUCUGCCCAGACAAAGACCUACCUGUAACCAAGGAAGCAAACCUCCUGAGGAUCUGACUCCACGUAGUAUCUGAAAGCGCAAAACAACUUUUGAAUUAGAAUUUUUUUGUAUUUGCAUAGCUAAGGCGAAUCGUUAAACGUAUGUGAAAUAUCAAGUGUCUUCGCCCAAUCAGUAAAUUAACAAGGACGUUCCGUUUUUAUAGGACUUUUUUUUGUAGUAGGCGGCACCAGGCGAGAAUCUGCGAAGGCCGGAAACCUAAUAAUAGAGGCAAAGAGCCACAGAUUUCAGGUGGACGAGAUUUGCAGCACAAGCCAACUUCCGAGGAACAGGGGGCGUCGUGGCCCCCAAGCUUUACAGCGGGAGUAUAGUGGGAGAUGAUGGCGUUACUACUGUAUGUCGUAAGCGGGUAAGAAAGCAUGGCAAUGUUUACUCUGGACCCGGUCACUAAGGGCCUUAUUCACUAAAUGGCAAUAAUUACGCCGUUUUGUAGCUUAGUGAUUUUUUUUAAAAUAUUUUUUUUCUUUUGUAAUAUAUUCUUUAUGGAUUUUAAAGAACAAGUGAGACUGUACGUGACAUCCAUAAUGAAUGUGAGCGUACCGCCUAGAACGCGCUGUGUCUUACCUGGCAGGAUAACAGGUACUACUGUGAGCGUUCUAGCAAUAAUAUAGCGGGCAGCUAGGAGGCGCUGUCCUAGAUUUACUGCCGUUCAGUGAAUGAGGCCUAGAGAUUGCAAGCUACAAACUGCCGUGUCUCGUUCUCCAGCGGAGCCUCUCUUAUUCAUUAUUGUAAGGACCAAGGAACUCUAGGCAUUUCUUAAAGGCAGCCAAUCAGGGUGAGGCCUCCGAAAAUCGACAGGUUAUGCCCCCCCAGACCAUGAUCGUAGCCAGCGCAGCCAUGUCUACAAGAUGGACACUAAAAGCAGUGGGAAAAGUCUAUUAAGAGGGCAUUACAGGACUCGUAUCAGUCAUGCUGCUGAGGUAUUUUACUCACAGAUGAUUUAAUGUUCCCAUUCAAUAGCAGCAAGCAGAGAUUUUAAAAAUGGUAAGGAACUGGUUAAAAAAAAAAAAACUCGGUUAUUAAAACCAACAUAAAAAUGAACCUUUUUGCCCAUAGUGACCAAUCACGGUCCAGGUUUAUGUUACUGUACUCAUUAUACAAUAAUUAACCCUUUGAGUCUGUCUGGUAGGUGACACCUCACAGCAAACGAUUGUGGCUCUAUUCUGUUUCUAUUGGAGGUAUACGUUGAGAGUAUUCCCCGAUAUGUACAACUCACAUCAGCCACGGACUCCCAUUCUGUGCACUUUUUAUACUGUGUCCCUCUACAUAGGAAAGCGCAGCCCUGUACAUUAAAGGGCAUCUGUCAGCAGAUUUGUACCUAUGACUGACCUGUUACAUGUGCACUUGGCAGCUGAAGACAUCUG